AUGGCCUCUGCUAUUAUUGACGGUAAGGCUAUUGCCCAACAAGUUCGCACUGAUGUCCAUGCCGAUAUCACUGCCUUCCAAGCAAAACACCCUGAUUUUCACCCACAUUUAACCAUUAUCCAAGUCGGUGACAGACCAGACUCCUCCACCUAUGUCAAGAUGAAACUCAAGGCUGCCAAUGAAGCUUCCAUCUCCUGUGAACUCUUGAAACUUCCAGAAACAAUUUCUGAAUUCGAAUUGCUUUCUCAAGUGGAAAAGUUGAACAACUCUACUACUGUUGACGGUAUUCUUGUUCAAUUACCUUUACCAGCCCACAUCGACGAAGCUAAAGUCACUGAUGCUGUGCUUGCUUCUAAGGACGUUGAUGGAUUUGGUCCUUUCAAUGUUGGUGAAUUGGCCAAGAAAGGUGGUGAACCAUUGUUCUUACCAUGCACUCCAAAGGGUAUCAUGCACUUGUUAUCCACCUCAGAUGUUACCAUUGAAGGUGCCAAUGCCGUUGUUUUGGGUAGAUCUGACAUUGUUGGAAAGCCAAUGGCUAACUUGUUAACCAGAGCCAACGCCAGUGUUACUAUUUUACAUUCCAGAACCCCAGUUGACCAAAUCAAGCAAUACUUGGCCCAUGCUGAUAUUGUUGUUGCAGCAAUUGGUCAACCAGGUUUCAUCCAAGGUGACUGGAUCAAACCAGGUUCAGUUGUCAUUGAUGUUGGUACCAACUUCAUUCCUGACAGUACCAAGAAGUCUGGUUCUCGUAUGGUUGGUGAUGUUGAUUUCGAAGCCGCUUCUCAAAGAACCAGAUUAAUUACCCCAGUUCCAGGUGGGGUUGGUCCAAUGACUGUUGCUUGUUUAUUGGAAAACGUCGUCAUUGCUGCCAAGAGACACUAUUCUGCCAACAAUGAAACUCCUAAAUUCACCAAUCCAUUGAAGCUUAACUUGCUUAAGCCAGUUCCUUCAGAUUUCGAAAUUUCUCGUGCUCAACAACCAAAGAGAAUUAACCAAGUUGCUAAAGAAGCUGGUAUUUUAGAUUCUGAAUUAGAACCAUUUGGUUUCUACAAGGCCAAGGUUUCCUUGGAUCUUCUCAAACGUCUUGACAAUAAGAAGAAUGGUAAAUAUGUCUUGGUUACCGGUAUAACUCCAACUCCAUUGGGUGAAGGUAAAUCUACCACCACUGUCGGUUUAGCCCAAGCCUUGGGUGCUCACUUAAACAAGAAUGUCUUUGCCAAUGUUCGUCAACCUUCUAUGGGUCCUACUUUUGGUAUCAAAGGUGGUGCUGCCGGUGGUGGUUAUUCCCAAGUUAUUCCUAUGGACGAAUUCAACAUGCACGUUACUGGUGAUAUUCAUGCUAUUACCAUGGCCAACAACUUGUUAGCUGCUGCUAUUGACACUAGAAUGUUCCAUGAAUCUACUCAAAAAGACGGUCCACUUUACAAGAGAUUGGUUCCUGCCAAGAAGGGAGUUAGAACCUUCACUCCUUCCAUGUUGAGAAGAUUAAAGAAGUUGGGUAUUGACAAGACCGAUCCUGAUUCAUUAACCCCAGAAGAAGUAACUGCUUUUGCCAGAUUAGACAUUGAUCCAGAAACAAUCACUUGGAGAAGAGUAGUUGAUUGUAAUGAUAGAUUCUUGAGAGGUAUUACUAUCGGACAAGCCCCAACUGAACGUGGAUUCACUAGAGCCACUGGGUUUGAUAUCACUGUUGCUUCAGAAUGUAUGGCUAUUCUUGCCUUGGCCAACUCUCUUGAAGAUAUGCGUGAAAGAUUAGGUAAGAUGGUCAUUGGUGCUUCCAAGGCUGGUGUUCCAGUUACAUGUGAAGAUAUCGGUUGUGCUGGUGCUCUUACCGCCUUACUUAAGGAUGCUAUUAAGCCAAACAUUAUGCAAACUCUUGAAGGUACUCCAGUCUUUGUCCAUGCUGGUCCAUUCGCCAACAUUUCCAUUGGUGCUUCUUCUAUUUUAGCCGACAAAAUGGCCUUGAAAUUAGCCGGUACUUCCAAGGACUUGGAUGAUGAAGAACGUGCUGAACAAGAAGGUUACGUUGUUACUGAAGCCGGGUUUGAUUUCACCAUGGGUGGUGAAAGAUUCAUCAACAUCAAGUGUCGUUCCUCGGGUCUUGUGCCUGAUGUUAUUGUCAUUGUCGCCACUGUUCGUGCCUUGAAGGUUCAUGGUGGUGGUCCUGAAGUCAAGGCUGGUGCUCCAUUAGCUCCUGAAUACACUCAAGAAAAUGUCGAGUUAUUACGUGCUGGUUGUGCCAACUUGGCUAAACAUAUUGCCAAUGCCAAGAGCUAUGGUUUACCUGUUGUUGUUGCCAUCAACAAAAUGUCUUCUGACUCUGACAAGGAACAUGAAGUUAUUCGUGAAGAAGCCCUCAAGGCCGGUGCCGAUGACGCUAUUGUAUCCAACCAUUGGGAAGAAGGUGGUCAAGGUGCCGUUGAUUUAGCUCACGGUGUCAUCAAGGCUGCUAAUUCUCCAACCAGAAACUUCAACUUCUUGUAUGGAUUAGAACCAUCUGUCGAAGACAAGAUUGCCACCAUUGCCAAGGAAAUGUAUGGUGCUGGAGAAGUUGAGUUCCUUCCUGAAGCACAAAAGAAGAUUGAUCUUUACACCAAGCAAGGGUUCGGUAAUUUGCCAAUCUGUAUUGCCAAGACUCAAUAUUCCCUUUCCCAUGAUGCUCAACUCAAGGGUGUUCCUCAAGGAUUCAAGUUCCCAAUCAGGGACGUCAGGGCAUCCAUUGGUGCUGGAUACUUGUAUGCUUUGGCUGCCGAGAUCCAAACCAUUCCUGGGUUACCUACCCAUUGUGGAUUCAUGAAUGUCGAAGUUAAUGAAGAUGGUGAGAUUGAUGGAUUGUUUUAG